GGACUUGACAUAUCUUGCAGCAGGUUUGAGCUUCUUGACUUUUCUCCCAGUAUGUAUGAGAUCUUGUCCUUUUGUUGAAACUCUCUCUCUCUCUCUUUUCCUCUCUCUCUCUUUCUCUUUUCCUCGCUCUUUCUCUUUUCCUCUCUCUCUCUCUCUCUCUUUUCCUCUCUCUCUCUUUCUCUUUUCCUCGCUCUCUCUCUCUUUACCCUGAUGGGGUUUUGUACUCGAUUGCAGUGAGAGAGACCACACAGAAAUGUAUAAACAUUUUAUUUAUCCUGUACAGGAGGUGAGCUCUGCCAAAAACUGUGUUACUAUGGAAAGGAAUCCCACCUCGGCGCAGUCUCUACUUAAAACCAAUGGAACAACAGAAUCUGUAAUGAAGAGAGAGAGUGUGUGUGAAAGAGAGAAUGAUUGAGUGAAUGAGUGAGUGAGCGAGAGAGAGAGAUGUUUUGAAAAUUUAGUUGAGAGAGAGAGUGUGAGAGAGAGAGUGUAUCAAAUAUUCCCCCAAUUUAACACCUGCAACCCAACCCAAAAAAAUCAGAUUCAUUCUUGGUGAAGAAGCCAAAUGUUGUCAUGUAGUUGCAAGAUAUGUGACAAAAACAGCCAGUAAACACACACACAUGUAUAUAAUGUUCAAACUUUAAAGUUCAGUUGUUACAUGUUUUUCUGUAUAAUAACUUUUAAUUUUUUAUCAUAAUCAUUUAUUUAUUUUAUUUAUAUUUUUGUCUAAAUACUAUUGUUCUCUGUAGGAUUUAGUUUAGAUUCUAUGUUGUUUUAAUGCUUUGGCAAUACAAAAUGUAUAUUUUUGUCACGCUAAUAAAGCUUUCUGAAUUGAAUUUUGAGAGAGAGAUAGAGAGAGAGAGAGAGAGAGAGAGAGAGAGAGAGAGAGAGAGAGAGAGAGACAGAGAGAGAGAAUGAUUGAGUGAAUGAGUGAGUGAUCGAGAGAGACAUUUUUUUGAAAUUGAAUUGAGUGAGUGAGUGAGUGAGUGAGUGAGUGAGUGAGUGAGUGAGAGAGAGAGAGAGAGAGAGAGAGAGAGAGAGAGGGGGGAGGUAAGGGAGUUUUCAGAAGGGUUUUAGAGGAGGGGUCUCUGUGAGAGAGGGGUCUCAUGCCCGGCAGAGCAUGAAAACACCAGAGAGACAAAGACAUGCGGGACGCAUCAAAAUAACAUCAAGAAUUCAAACAUAAAACAGCGCGAGGAGUUAGAAAUGUCCGAUGCUCACUUCCAGAGAAUUCCGAAGGUUUGUGAAGAAAUCCGAUCUCACGGAAAACUCUUGAGGACUUUGUGAAGAAGUUCGUUUUGGAAAAAUUUCUCGUUGAACUCAAGACGAUGUUAUUUCAUUCUAUCUCGUUGAAGCAGAUCCGCAGGAGGACCGGACUAACGCGGACUAACGGCAUGAGUGUCAAGUGAGCGCGUCAAGAGAAGCGCUGAGAUGGAGAGACGCCUCGUUCCCGUCGCAUUCCUCCUCUCGUUCCUCGUCACGCUGCACGCGCAGCUCGUCUGUUGGCAGGCGCUGCUCAGGUGUCACAAAGAGCGCGACUGCGAACUCGCGUACGAUCAAUACCUCAUCGCGUGCGACGGGAACAUCCGCGGCACGCGGCGUCAGUGUCCGAGCCACUGCAUCAGCGCGCUCGUCCGCCUCAACCAGACCGCCGGGGGCGCGGACCUCGAGACCUGCGACUGCGCGAGGGAUGCCGAGUGCACGCGGGCCAAACGCGCCAUCGAGCCGUGUCUGCCGCGGACGCAUCCCGCCGGAGCCGACGGGAUGGGCUGCACCGAAGCCCGGCAGCGUUGCGAGGGCGAGCCCGGCUGCCGGUCGUCACUGACGGCGUACCUGUCCCGCUGCGGACAGCUGUUUAACGGCAGGAAAUGUUCGUCGCGGUGCAAAGCGACGAUCGAAGAGAUGCUCGCGAUGCCUGACGGGAUGCUGCUGAAUCGGUGCGUGUGCGAUGGGCUGGAACGGCCGUUCUGCGAGGUGGUGAAACUGAACAUGAUGAAACUGUGUUUGAUUGGAGAUCUGGAACACGAGGGAGCGGAUGAUGUGUACGAGGAUGAGGAUGAUGACGUGAAAGCGGACAGAGACGUGACGGACGCGGUGAUGUCAAGAGCCGUCAGAGUUUGUCAACAGGUAGUUUUGUUGUGCAGUGUGUUUGCUGUGAGUCUCUUGUGUGUUUGACAGACAGAAUCGUUGUGGAUCGGUGUUUAUUAUCUCUGCGCUAUUGAGCGCAUCCAUUCGGUUCUUCUUAAACCCCCAAACUCGACUGACUGAAGAAGGAUCUGAUCUCUACACACUCACACACACACACACACUGGGCUGAUUCAACACAUCUCUCACAAGUCUACUUCAAGUUCCAAGAUCGCUGUAAAGAAAAAGCUUCAGUUUCACUCGUUUUAUGUCACUCUAAUCUAUUUGAACCCAAAGCUGUCUUGGUGUAUAGCCUGUAAACCUGAACAUGUCGAUUUAUAAGACUGUGUGUGAAAACAGUAUUUCAUAAAUUAUCCAAAGAGUAAACACAAACAGGCCAAGACAAACUGACAACAAGUGUAGAGAAAAUAUGCUCAGACUUCUCUGUCAGUAUGUCAAGCAUAUUUCUUCAAGGGACACUUCGCCCCAAAAUUAAAUUCUCUCAUCAUUUCCUCACUGUCGAGCUGUUCCAAAUGUGUAUAAAUGUCUUUGUUCUGAUGAACGCAGAGAAAGAUAUUUGGAAGAAUGCGUAUAACCAAACAGAUCUUGACCCCCAUUGACUCCCCCAGUAGGAAAAAAUCCUAAGGUACUCAAACGUGCUCCAGAGCGGUUUGCUGUUCUUCAUUCUUCUUUUAGUGAUUUUCCUACUAUGGGUGUCGAGAUCUGUUUGGUUAUAAGUGUCAUUUUAAGUUUAUUUCCGAGGACACAAAAAUCAGAGUGAAAGUUUACCCAAUUAAACUUGUUUUUUGUAAAGGAUGAAUUGAAACACUCCAGUUGUUCUUAAGUGUAUAAAGACACACAGACUCAAUGCAGUGUUUUGUUUUGAUGUCAUCUUGCCUCUCUGCUCUUUUCUGUGACACUCGAUGGGUUUUUAUCAGUAAGUUGUUAGACAAACAGUGGCGUUGUUUUGACUUCAUUCCGUCUGUGCCCGCGGUCUUUCAUCGUCCUCACGUCACACUUUAAAUAUUUGCAGUGCACUGCGUGUUAAAGGAGCUCAAGUGUUUCAUUUAAAUGAAAAGACUCUUCAGAAACUGAACUCAUCUCACUCUUCAUCUGCUGGAUUCUGACGCCGUCAUGAUGCUCACGGUGAACAGCUGCUGCUCAUCAACAAACUUCAAUGUUUAUCAGCAAAGAAAACUCUGUGUGAAACAUGAUUUAUGUAUUGUACUGAAUCAAGGACCCAAAAUAAAUUCUGUGCAAGUAUAUGAAACACUUUUACUGUAGCUACACCAGCUCUAAAAAUCCUGUCGGGUAAAAAUUGGACCGACCAUCAGCGCUUUAAAAUAACCUACAAAUGUCCAGAUUGACCCAAGAACAUUCUUUUGAGUAUAGAAAGUUUUCAUGUAUGAAGCACAACACAAGUACAGGGUUGUGUUCAACUAUUGACUAUGCAUUUGUGUUUCUCUACUUGUGUGUGCUGUGUAGCUCUUACAUGUUUAAACGGUUCAUGAUUGUUUUUUUGUACAAUUAUUUAUACAUUUUGGAAAUAUUAUGAA